CCCUCCCCUCCCCCCGAUUAGUCCGCUUUUCCUUGUCGCCGCUGCCACUUCCGUUGUCGCCGCUGCUGCCGUUGCUUCAUCUUCCCCCCCAAGCCCGCCUCCCCAGCCCCCUCCGGCCUCCGACCGUCUCGACCGGAAAUGGCAGCAAACCCCCAGUACAAGUCCUUCCAGCGGGAGUCUGACGACUCGGACACCUCGGCCACCUCGGACACCCCGCUCAAUGCCGAGGAGGAGUACGAUUACUAUGAGAUCCUGAAUGUGUCGCGCGAUGCCUCCGAAGAGGAGAUCAAGAAGGCCCACCGGCGCAUGGCCCUGCGCUACCACCCGGACAAGCCGACCGGCGAUGCGGACAAGUUCCGCCAAAUCCAGCACGCCUAUGAGGUGCUGAUGAAUCCCACCCGGCGGAAGCUCUAUGACCAGUAUGGCGAGGCCGGCCUCAAGAUGUAUGACGGCUACGGGAACCAUCCUCUUGGCAAUUUGGCCGCCGAGAACCUCUCCCUCUGGGUGUGUCUGCUCCUGCUGCCGGUGCUGCUGCUCCUGCUGUUCUUCAUCCUGGUGGUGGUCAAUGUCGACUACGCCAAGGGCUGGUCGUGGCCCGCCAUCUGGACUCCGCUUUGGGUGAUCAACUUCAUUGUUGUCCUCCUCUCCCUCUCCGUCACGGUCCUUGCCUUUAGUGCUGCUUCCGAGGACAGUGCCGAGAUCAGCAAGCCCAGCGUCGUGAGCUUCUUCUUCAGUGUCAUCUUGACUCUCAUCUGGCAGAUUCUGCUUUCCAUCAAGCUCAAUGGCCACAGCAUGGCCUGGGGCUAUGUUUGGCUGCCGAUGUUCCUGGUGUCUUUGCUGUCCUUCUGCCGGCACUUCUUCAAUGUUCGCUCACUUGACUUCCCCAUGCGGAGCAAGAUCCCCGUCUUCCUCUUCAAGAUCCGGUGGACCGUCAUGCGCCUGCUCACCAUGAUCUUCAUUGUGCUCAAGUCCGAUGGCGUGUCCUCCAUGAGCUGGCGGGCUGUGUUCUCCCCGGUGUUUGCCUUCUAUGGCUUCUUCGUUCUCCUGUCCCUGCUGCUGAGCUGCUGCAUCCCGAAGCUCUUCGGCUCUCUCGGCGAGACCAUCCUGACCGACGUCCUGCCGAGCAUCUUCAUCGUCACCUUCAUCGCCCUGCUUUCAGUGGCUCUGGAUGGCAUCCGCGGGUACUCGCUUGGCGUCAUUUUCGUGCCCGUCUUCAUCGUCAUGGGUCUGGUCAUCCUUGUUCUCUGCAUCUUCGCCUGCCUGCUGAAGUGCAUGAUGGACAGUGAGAUGCCCGAGCCGGUGUCCAAGCGCAACAGCCAGAAGACUCCGCUUGUGGAUAUCAGCCGUCGACUGACCUACAACACUGAGCCUUCGUCGAACAAGGAUUGAUCGCACCCUCUCCCGUUCCCAUCCUUCUGUGUGGCGCCAUGCGUGUCACAAUGUCCUUCCCCUGAGAGGCUAGCUCUCUCUCUCUCUCUCUCUCUUUCCCUCU